AUGGCUCUCCCCAGUCUGUCUCUUCAUACAACAACCGCGUCGGCGGAUGGGGUGGGCCUCAAAACUCACACGGGCCCCCAAAGUCAUAAUUCAUACCAUCAUAAUUCGAAUCAAGGCCAUAGUGGGCCUCCCAACGGACCAUCGAAUCGAGGCAAUCGCGGUGGCUACCGAGGUGGGAAGUACAAUCAGCAAGGCCCACCACAAGACCGACGGUUCUCGGGGCCUGGUGCGCAGUACCAGCCCUCAAAUAGAGGACGAGGCAACCAUCAGGAUAAUUCACAAUUCACUCCAGGCGGUCCAAGACGGGGCGGCGGCCAAAAUUCAAACUACCAACCAAGCCAUUCAGGCUCCAGACAACCGUCCCCAACACAUUCUCAAUACCACUCUCGAGGCUCAAGAGAACAAACUGCCGAAGACGACAGCCAGCACAGACCGUCGAAGGAUCUGCCGGGCGAAGAACGGAGAGAACCAAACGGCCAACCACUAGACAAUCAGGGUAAUACCAACCAGGCGAAGGAUUCGAAGUUCAGCUUUGCGUUCAAGUCAAAACAAACUUCAGCGGCACCAGCUAAAGCUCCUCCAGAUCUGAACACGAAGGGCAAGCCACCCUUUGAGAAGCAAGAAGGUCGCCCACCACCGACACAACCAAAGGGACAGGGCACUAGAUUUGACCAGACACCGUCUCAGCGUUACGAUAAAAACAAUCGACACCAAGAUCGGAGACCACCAUUUCCCGAUCAGAGGAACGCACCUGUUGACAGAAGGUACCCCUAUGGCAGACCUCACUCCAACGAUCGACGACCAGAACGCUCACGUUCGCCGCCUCCGAAACGCCUGAAACCCGAACCUCCUAAGCCGCGUCCUAGACUCCCACCCGAGUUUGCCGAGUCAGAAUCCAUCUACUACCGCAAACCCGGCAAUGAGUCUGUGGUAGGUGCAGGCACAUAUGGCAAGGUUUUCAAAGCCAUUCAUAUCUACACGCGCGACAAAGUUGCACUGAAGAAGAUUCGAAUGGAAGGCGAGAGAGAUGGCUACCCCAUCACUGCUGUCCGCGAAAUACGACUCCUCCAACAUCUUCGCCAUAAGCACGUAGUGGCCCUGCAUGAAGUCAUGGUGGAAAAGAACGAAUGCUUCAUGGUCUUCGAAUACAUGUCGCACGAUCUUACGGGUCUCAUCAACCACCCUACCUUCAAGCUUACCGCCGCGCAUCAGAAGAAUCUCGCGUUUCAAAUGUUCGACGGCCUCGAGUUCCUCCAUCGUCGGGGGGUCCUCCAUCGAGACAUCAAAGCCGCCAACAUUCUCGUUUCCAACACUGGUCAGCUGAAGUACGCCGAUUUUGGACUGGCUCGUUUCUACACCAAGUCUCGCCAGCUCGACUAUACCAAUCGGGUCAUCACCAUCUGGUAUAGGCCACCCGAGCUUCUUCUUGGAGAAACGCAGUAUGGUCCGGCUGUCGAUAUCUGGUCAGCUGCUUGCGUCUUCAUGGAAAUGUUCACGCGAAAAGCCGUUUUCCCAGGUGAAGGCGGUGAACUCUCGCAACUCGAAAAGGUGUACAACGUGCUAGGUACUCCUACACGUGCGGAGUGGGCGGGCAUCGUCGAUCUGCCGUGGUUCGAGCUAAUGCAACCGGCUACUCGCAAGAGUCGGCAAUUUGAAGCUAUGUUCAAUCAGAUGUUCUCGCCCAAGGCGUUGGAGCUUAUCCAGUGGUGCUUCAAGUACGAUCCCACGCAACGUCCCAGCGCCGAGGAAGUACUGCAGCACGGGUAUUUUACGACCGAGGAGCCCGAAGCUCAUCAGCCGGUCGAGCUUGCGCAAGUUGAUGGUGACUGGCAUGAGUUCGAAAGUAAGCAGCAUCGCAAGGAUAAGGAGCGUCGGCGAAAGGAGGAAUGGGAGGCAGAGCGGGCAAAGCGCAAGAAGGCUGAGAAAGACGCCCGAGAAGGGAAGAUAUCGUCUGCACCAGCAACGGGAGCGCUGGAAGGCCAGGGCAAUGCAAGCACGACGAAAGUUCCAGCCGCUCCGAUGCCUGAGGCUGAACAAGAUGACGAGGGGGGUAGUGACGGUGAAGGAAGUGCGAGGAUGAGCAUGUCCUGA